GUUUUUUCAUCAUUUUCCCGUAGUCCCGUGUCGCGACGAGCGCGUGUCUUUCUGUCUACAGUCUUCGUAGUUCGCGUGAUCUUCGGUGUCUGUCAUUGUCUGUGAAGUGUCUAUUGUCCGGUUUCCGGUCGAGAACGCCACUGAUCGCUGUCGUCGUCUAAAUGGCCGAUCGUCUCACCCAACUCCAAGACAUUGUUAAUCAACAAGCAGAUAACUUCUGCAACAGCAUUGGAAUUUUACAACAGUGUGCUUUACCUUCUAAGUUUUCUAACUUUGACCGAAACGGAUCUCAAACACCACAACAACAAGAAGAUUAUACAAGCUUAUUUUCUUCACUUAUAACUCGUUGUGCUAAAGAUAUUGACGCAUUAAUUGAAUCACUGCCUAACGACGAUACUUCUACAGAUUUGCAAGUUGCAAGUUUGAGGAGAUUAGAACAAGAUAAUCAGUUAGCUGCUGAACGUUUAGAAGAAGUAGUUAGAAAAGGUGAACUUCUUCUUGAACAAAUACAAGCUGCUCUCUCUGAUAUUGCUCAACAGCAAUUAGAUAUUCAGCAAAGUAGUGAUAACAAUACGUGUUAAUAAAAACUUAUUAUUAUUACAAUGAAAGUUAAAAAUAAAAAAAAUGUUGCUAAAGCCAUUUCUGCUAUCAGUAAGACACAUAAAAUUAAAAGAAACAAAAUAAAACGUUUAACAGAAAAAAAA